AUGGUGGUGCUGGGGCUGUUCCAGAUCGCCUUCAGCAUGGUGUGCGUCGUCAGCGGGUUCAUCGACGGCAUUUUCAGAAUGGAGUCUCAGCUGGGCAAAACCAGAGCUCCAAUUUGGGCUGGGAUGGUGAUGGGAGUCCCAGGCGUCCUGGCUUUGUUUUCCUCUCAGAGGAAGAAUCCAGUUCUCGUGAAUGUGCUGAUAGUUGCUUCCAUAACCUCUUGUGUUGCCAUCCUCAUCGUAAUAGUUUAUAGCUCCCUCACGCUGAACUAUGGUGAAGAGGAGGAGCUGAGCUCUGCCCCAGUCCAUGUUAUCCAUACAAAGUUCGUGCUUAAUAAAGUAGUGAAAGGUGCUAACGUGGCCAUGUUAGCUGCAUCUAUCUGCAGUGCUUUUGUUGUGCUGGUGAUGGCUUACUUGGGAUGCCGGAGUCUUCCACGCUGCUCAUGCUACGAUAGCGUAACUGGGAUGGAAUGGUUGCAACCUAGCGAGGACCAAAAUCAGGCUGUGGAAAUGGUUUGCGCUGUACAAAGUCCUGAGGACAGAAUUUUUAACUUCCCCGAUCGGUUUCCAGCCCAGGACCUAGAUGCAGAGGAAGACGCAUCCAAACCUCCACCGUAUAUCAGAAUGACUUGA